GUUUCUCCCGGCCCAACUCGCUGCCCGUAUUGUUAAUCCAGAAGGCCAAAAGCUUCUCCUCGCCUCCCGUCGCGAUCGAGAAGCACACGCUCCAGCCACCAGCCGACAUCCUUCCCGCGCCGCCGCGGCCGCCGGGGAUGGACGCCGCGGGGGCCGCGGCGAAGUUCCGGGCCCUCGAUGCCGAGCUCGCCGCUAAGUCCUCUCGCAUCGCUGAACUGGAGGGCAGGGUCUCGCUCCUCGAAGCCGAGAACACGCGAUUGAGGAAAGCCCUGGGGAGAGGAGAAGCAACGGAUCCUGCACCGGAGGGAGAUCCAAAAUUUUGCCGAUUGGCGGCAGUUCCACGCGGAAGCGAGCACGAGGCAGCCGAGAAGCCGGGAAAGAGUGUGACCUGCGAUGUUAUUGAGGUCAGUGACGACGAAGAGGGGGCUGCCGGCGAUGCCAACAGGGGGAGAAGCCCGGGGGAGGGCGUCCUUGCCGUCCCGACUCCUCGGAAGCGCGCGAUGCGGUCGGUGACCGGGGAGAGCGAGGAUGAAGGCGACGCGGAGGGGGGCGGUGGUAGCAGCAAGGAAUACAGUGUGGGUCUGGAGGACGACGGUGUUUUGGCCUCGCCGCGGGGUAAGAGGCGGGCGGCGGCGCGGGUGGUCACCAGCGAUAGCGAGGGUGAGGAUGUGAGUGACGGUGGGCUUGGGAGUGGCAAGGAUGAUGGUGGGCUUCAGGAGGAAGGCGUUAAGGCCAGCAAGAAGCGGGGGUUCUGCAGAAUCUGUGACAGGGAGGAUGAGGAUGCCAUUGAGGGUGUCGAUGUGGUUACUUCGAAGGCUGCUUCGCCGUCACAGAUUCAGAGUGGGGAGGAUGAGGAUGAUAUGGUUCCCGUUUGUCAAGUGCUGAAGAAGAUGAGGAAAGAGAGGGUGAGCGAUGACGAUGAUGAUGAUGAAUUUGGUGAAGCAAAAGGGUGUUCUACUCCCCCAACAAGACGCUCAGCUCGGUUGGUUAAAAAUCAGUCAAAAGGGGGACGAGCUGCACGCCGGGUUCUCAACUUUGUUGAGCCCAAGGAAUAUGAAGGAAGUGAAGAUGAUGUGGAAGAGGAUGAUGAUAUGGAGGAGUUCAUAAAUGAUGAGGAUUCUUCAGAAAACACUAGUGAUUCUGCUGAAGAAUCCUGUGACGAACCAGAUACAUCUGGUACAUCUGUUCUGAAUGAAGGAUCCUCUCCAGCACCAGAAGAGUCUGACAGUGAGGUAGACUAUGCAGAUGUUAUGGCUCGCAUAGGCCGUAAAAACAAAGCUAAAGACUGGAAAUUUGAGGGAGAUAUGCUAGCAGCAUUCAAUGAACAUCCCGAGAUCUGCCUGAAGGCUGUUUGUGCCCUCUACCGGAAGCAAACUGAGGAGGAACAAAAGCAAAAGGCCACUUUUGUUCAUAACAAGCAGGGAUUUAACCAGAUACAUGCCCUAAGGGGAUCUCGCAUAGCAGAAUUUCUUCUGGAUGGUGAUCUGUAUGGUCCACUGAAGAAGACCAUCUCAGAAUUAGAAGAGUAUGAUCGUAAUGCUCUUGGGUUCUGUCGCAAGGUGGCUUCACAUUACUCAAAACAACUAUUUGCAAUUUAUCAGAACAAGGAGGACCCUUACUUUCAUCCAUAGCUCUGUUAACUCAUACACCUUAUGUUGAACUGUUGUCCCUCGUAGUGUUUUGGCCAACUGCCUGCCUUACUCUUUUUACUCUUUUGUACAUAUGUGUUUAGUUGUUGUAUCUUCUGGAGAAGUUACAGAGCACAGUGGCCCUAGUGGGGGUCUCCCCCGCUGUAUAGCUUUCAAAAAAGCAGUGGCCCUGAUGUGUCACUAGGAUGCUUGUGUAGGAAAACGAGUGUCAUAUUGUGUUUAUGUUGUGGUCUUGUGUGUGCUAUUAAAUGUCUGUGCUUUCCUGCUUAAUAUACACCCGUAAUAUAAUCUGUUUAUCGAGUUAGGGGCAUGAAACCUCUUCUCCAUCAAA